AUGUUGUGAAAAUAAUUUUGGCGCCCAACCAAAACCCUAGAGCAGCAGUCUAGCAGAGCCUUUACCAGUCUCCAACUCCUUUUCUGCCGGAGCUAAGUAAACAUCAAUUAACCGGAAACUAUGUCAGGCUUGAGGUUCUUCGUUGAAAGAACCGGUGACGGCGCCGGGCAGCCGGUCCUCGACGCCGACAACGGCGAGGAACUCAUGCACGUGCAGCCUGGAACCGCCAUCGUCCUCGGCAGCCGCCAGCCUGAGUCUUCUGGCACUCUCUACAUCACCACUAAGCAAGUGGUUUGGCUAAGCGAUACAGAUAGGAGAAAAGGUUAUGCAGUUGAUUUCUUGUCGGUUUCACUUCAUGCUGUGUCUAGGGACCCCGAGGCGUAUCAGGAUCCUUGUUUAUACGCUCAGGUAGAAUCUCCUUUCGAAAUGAAAAUACGGAGUAUAUUAUUUCUGUUAGUUGAGGUUUUACGUUUCACUCUAUAUUAGCAAGAGAGCCAAAAA